AAAGGGCGAAAGGCAGCUCAGUGGUUUCCUCGUUUGACAGCAGGGGCUUGUUUUACAGCACAAAACAACAAGGAUGAAGAUUUCAAGCGGCGAUGCAGAAACAGAGAUAAUCGAGGGGACGCUUAGCUAGCUGAAAGGCCACCAGCUUCACCCUGAUCUCCUGGUGUGUGCUGACAAUUUAACAUCGGCCAACUUCAAUAUCGACUGAACUGCAGAUGAAUGUCUGUGCCUUAAGUGUCCCUACAAUUGUUGUUGUUAGCUGCUAAUGCUAACCAUAGAAGUUGCGAGCUAGCUGGCCUAGCAAGCUAAUGGUUAAAUCGAGGAUAAGAUAAUUAGCUGUGUAUGUGUGAUUUUCUUAAUGCUGUACUGGUGUGUAAAGUCGACGUUGUGUAGCUAAUGGAGCCAGGCUGCUUUAGCUUUUGUAGUUUAAGAACUGCGGCUUUGGCUAAACAUUUAAAGUACAAACCGUACUAGUCACCUAGCCUGCAAGUUAGCACCUAUCCCUGGAAGAAUGAGUAGAAAACACCAUCAUUUUAAAGGAGCCGAAGUCAGCUGCUGCGUCAAAUACUUCUUAUUUGGAUUCAACAUUAUAUUUUGGUUACUAGGAGCAGCAUUCUUGGGCAUAGGCCUGUGGGCAUGGGCGGAGAAGGGCGUCCUGUCCAAUCUGUCAUCCAUCACAGAUCUAGGGGGGUUUGACCCUGUGUGGCUCUUCAUUGUCGUAGGAGGGGUCAUGUUCAUCCUGGGCUUUGCUGGCUGUAUCGGAGCGCUCAGAGAGAACACCUUCCUGCUCAAAUUUUUCUCUGUCUUCCUGGGUUUGAUCUUCUUCUUGGAGCUGACCGCAGGGAUCCUCGCCUUCGUCUUCAAGGACUGGAUCAAAGACCAGCUCAACUUUUUUAUUAACAAUAACGUCAAAGCCUACCGCGAUGAUAUUGACUUGCAGAAUCUCAUUGACUUUGCCCAGGAAUAUUGGUCAUGCUGCGGAGCUCAUGGGCCUGACGACUGGAAUCUGAACAUCUAUUUCAACUGCACUGAGCUGAACCCCAGUAGGGAGCGCUGUGGAGUUCCUUUCUCCUGCUGCGUUAAAGACCCUGCAGAGGAUGUCAUCAACACACAGUGUGGUUAUGAUGUUCGGCUUCAAGGGGAGCUGGAUCGGCAGAAAUACAUUUACACCAAGGGCUGUGUGGGACAGUUUGAGAAGUGGCUUCAAGACAACCUGAUUAUUGUCGCUGGAAUCUUUGUGGGAAUUGCACUUUUACAGAUUUUCGGUAUCUGCCUUGCUCAAAACCUGGUCAGCGAUGUCAAAGCUGUCAAAGCCAAUUGGUGACAGGAGAAGUAAGGCGAGGGGGACCACACCCCUCAAAGUCGAGCCAGGUCAACACAGCACACCGACCAACCUGUCCAGCUGUGGGACGGAGAGCCGAGAACGUCCAUCUCCCUCUACUCUGCCAACGAGUUAAGCAGCACAAAAACACACAUUCGCUUGGACACAAAGAGUUUACUUCCCUGUUUGUCAGUGAAAAUACCCUACAACAAACCAAAACCCUCAACAGAAAGGUUGUUUACCACUCUGAUGGGAUUUUACCCAAAUAUACAGAGGACAGUCCUGCCGUCUUCGAGGUAGUUUCUUUAAUUUUUUUUUUUUUUUGUUUCCGCUGAUUUUGUUCUAUGGACAAGUGUAUUUAUGCGGGCGCAAUUGCACAAGGACUCCUAUCAUCUGGGAGAUUGGAAGCCAUGCUUGACAGACAGACAGGACAACAAAACAAAGGAAGAGAGACGAUACAUCCCCUUUUCAGGCCAAGCAUUACAUUGUCACGGAGCCUCAGUCUACUCAGUAAGGGGUUGCCUAUCUUCUGAAAACAGCCUGUUUUUUUAUGUGCUCAGCCCUUACUUCCUGCAGUACAGGGAUCUUGGGUGUCUGGCCAGCGAGCCAGCAAAACACAUGGAUUCAUCCAUGUGGCGUUGUUCUCCAUUGUGACCUUUAAUGACCACUGAAAAGGCAGACCACUGGCCAGUGAAAGGAGGAAAUCAUUUCAGGAGAAAGCAAUUUAAAUUUAACUCGAAAUGUAAAAAGAAAAAAAAGUGCCAUUAAUUUCCUGUGAUAUUUUUCUCCCCUCCUGUUCUUCACAUGGCAUUUCAGCACCCCGCCCCAGAAUACCUCAGGGCCUGGCCGAAAUUAUAUGCUUUCUGCUAUGCUAUCUAUUUUUUUUUCCAUCCAUGUCUGCUGAAUUUAGAUAGGCUAACCUAAUGCAGAACCAGUGACAGUUUCCUAGAAAGUCACCCUGUUUUCCCUGCAGUGAUUGUAUUAUCUGUUGAUUUACUGAAGGAUGUCGUAUUGUGUUAUAUGGAACAGCCUGGUUAGGAUGGUCGCUACAUGUUAUACAGGGAAAAGGAUUUAAUGAUGGAGAUUGUCGUUUAUCUCUGAGCAUCCCUCAGGCACAUGGGAUCGCUAGUUUGGGGCCUUUUUUUUACUUGAUCUGUGUUACCGCAUUUGUCUUACACUUGUAUGUUUUCUACAUAUUGAAAUAAGAACGUUUAUCUGUUGAGAUGUUUCCUGCUUUGUUUUCUUUUCUGUCGUAAACACUUAGAUUCUUAUUCUGCACUGGUGGUUUGAGUCGAUCAGACACCUGUUUACCUCGGACCCCUCAGUCGACUGCGGGAAAGCGUCCGCUCAUCGUUGAUGUUGUUAGGAGCCCUAAUGGAGACCAAAUAAUAUCAGCUGGCCACGAGCCGUCUGCCAAGGUUUUGUCUGGCUACGUUUUCGAUUUUUAUCAAGAAUGCCAACAAUAACAAAGCAUUUCUAAAGAGCCAAAAUGUGAACCUAUUGUCCCUUUAUGUGGGAAGUGCCAGUUUAAUUGAUGACACAAACAAAAUUAAAAAACACCAUAGUAUCAUUUGUAUUUUUAAUUCAACAUUGUAUCUGUUUUUAAUUUUAUUUGGACUGGUUUUUAACUAGAUUAGGAACUAUAUGCUCUUAUCUUUGAUAUUAGCAACGUUUUUAAUAUAACAUGAAUGCUGCUUUAACUAGAUUGUCGAUUCGUAGUAAGCUAAUGAGUCUCACAUUCUGGCAUUUUAUCACCUGGUUGAGGAAAUAUUCUAAUUCUUCGUUCUCUUUUUAAAGUUUACACUUUAUACUCAGCUUUUUUUUGCCCUUGUGUUGUGCAGUAUAUACAUGAAUAUAUAUAUAAAUGGAUAAAGUAUAUAUAUAAAAAACCUCUUUGAAGCAGAAGAAGAGCAGCCCUCCCAGCUUUUCGUCUUGUUUAUCCCCACUGAACACGGUUUUUAAGUACAAUUGGUUUCACUUGGCAUUUAACAAAAGUAACAUUACUUAUCGCAAUUGAAGGCUACGGUUGUUUCAGCGUAACACGAGUACGAUUCAGGUGAGAUUAACCUGACCACACACUCAGACUGGGAUCACGGACACAACACUUAGAAAAAAAAAAAAAAAGAACCAACACAUAUUUUGCAUAACAAUGCUCACGACUUGAAAGACAAGUAGCAUUAAUAUUCUGUGAACAGCACCAAAACUUUCUGCUUCACUGAGUCUGUCUGUAGAAUAUAUAUAGGACUUCAUUCAGUAACAGCACCUUAUGAUCACCUGCUCUGCGCGCAUGUCGCAUGUUGUUUUCUCCCACACACGCUCGUACUGUCUUCAAACCCUCUACCUGAUCUGACUGCACUUGUUUGGAAGCCUGCCAUUUUGAUGUAUUUUUACACUCUGGGCUUGUUUGGAGGGGGGAAAAAAAGGGAAAGAUACGACGAAACAACAGCCUCUUCAUAUUUAGAUAUUAUGAAUGUGCAGGUGGAAUCAUCCAGAUGACACACACAGGCCUUGUAAUGCAGCAGCUGGUGAUUGACGGCGAUGUAUUGACUUCUCUGAGUUCAAACAAAGGAGUCGCUAUAGGAAGAGCUUUCAUUUCACUACUUAGUGUCAAUAAUAUUUUAAAGCCUCAAGCAAGUUGGGGGAAAAAACAAAGAUUUCUGCCUUAGAUCAAGUAUUAGAGAUGUUAAAAAAAAUAAAAAAUUCUAACGCUUUUUUUUUUUUCCAAAAUCAAAACUAUGCGCUUCUUUGAUUUCACUUGGCUUUAUGUCUCUGAAGUCUCACAGAUCACACCUUUCUGUUGUAAAAAAAUGAAAGCGGUAACACGCCGUCACUUUGUUCAUACAUUUUUGAUGCCUGUUCGUUUAGUUGACUUAAUUGGAAGGAUUUGCUCAGGGUCUUUAAUACCCCUACACGAAAUAAAAAGGAAGGUUUGCGUGCGAUAAAAUGGAGGACGCAGCCUUUUGAACGAUGCCGAGGAUAAGGCUGAAGGCAGACGGAGGUCAAAGGUGACAGUCGUGCUGCAGCUUUUAUACAAAAACAUACUCACUCAGUCCCUCUGUAGCCGCCGCCGUCACCGCCGCCGCCGCUUUCGGGUCUGCCAAUAACCAGACGACCGCCUCGGUGGUCACAACAGUAACGCCAUAAUUAUCUGUAGCAACGGUGGCAGGACUUGUCAUGUGCAGAAGGUGACUCGGUGGAAUACGUUUGCUGUAACGGCGCCUUGGUUUGUAUUCCUUUAAUGUAGGAGAAGAGGGGAGGGGGAGAACAAUGCUAAUUAUGCUUUGUCCUUUAUCAUAAUGGCCUUGCAUCAUGAAACACCCUCUUAAUUUCUCUGCUUUCCCUGUGGGCAGUUAAAUCAUUCCCGAGGAGCAUACCGUGAAUGUAUAAGUCUGUAUCAGCAUGGACCUACUGCUCCACGCCUAGUUAGAAAUUCUCUUUAUCAUUAUGCAGAGCAAUGCACAGCAGAAAUGAAGUCAAGGAAUGUGAAAUAAAAUAGUUGUCUUUAAUAAGGUUUUAGAUUUUUAUUCAGUUUUUUGUUACAUCUCAGUUAUAUUGAGCAUGAAAGCAUUCCUUUUUUUUCUGCAGACCUACACUACAUGGAACCCUUAUAUGCAAUCACAUAGCGUUUUAAUCACCAUAUUGUUUCCAAAUAUUAUUAAAAUUAUCUCUUCUGUUCAGGUUUUCAUCCUUAACCUCUAAAAAACAAAACAAAACAAAGCAACUUCCUUCUGCAGCAAAUGCAUUUCUGAAAAAUGUGACCGAACUUUUAAAGUAUAUUUUUUACGCAGAAUAUAAAAGUGACUGUCAUUGUGAUGCUGGUAAUCUGUCCUGUGGCUCUUUUUUUAUUUUCUUUUUCUUUUUUUCUUUGAAGUCUGCUAAUGUCUGAAGGCUUUUCUCUUUAUAUCUCCUAUUAAAGAAAAGUAGCACAUCCAACAUCUGCCAGUCUUACCUCAUCAUGUGCAGAUGCUGGUCACAUCAGAGCCAGUGGAAGCUGCAGAGAAUCAGCAUAAAUUACUUGUUUGUGAGCAUUUUGGAGUUUGUUAGAUGUAAGCGCUGACACUACCACAUCAGGUCACGCCAUUCGAUGAAGACACACAGGCGUGACGUGACUGGAAUGGAAACCGAUUUAGUUAAUUGUGUGAUUAGCUUUACACUUGUCUCUCAGAGUAAAAGAGAUAUGGUUACAUUUUCGAUCAUUUAGUCACAGACACCACCGUGAAAAUCCUUUUUGUUCAGCUGGUCAUCAUAUCUAUUUUUUCAUACUUAAUGUUUUUUUUUUUAAUUUUUAAUUUCUUUUCUCUUCGAUGCAGCAGAGAACACCAAACAAAACCAUGUUAUCCUUUCAUGCCAUUAUGUUUUCACCUGACUAUUCUGAUGGGUUGCCUUGUAAAGAAAUGUUGUACAUGUAUAAAAAAAAAAAACUGUGGGACAUGGUCUGUUACACUGUAUAUUGUGCUAAAAUAUGCCUCUUUCAUAUAUUAAAGGAUUUAUGAUAACA